CCACCACCCACCAAAAAAUCUCCCCCAAAAAAUUAUCAUCCCGCCGCGACGCCAUGGCCGCUACCGUCCUCCUCCUCUCGCCGCGCCUCGCCGUCGCGCCUCUACGGCCGCACCCCAGGCUGGGGCUGACCCCCACCGCAGUCGGACGGCCUCUUCCCCUCGCCUACCUCGGCCGCCGCGCCGCCGCCGCGAGGCAGCUCGCCGCCGUCGCCGACCGGAACGUCUACAACGGCGUCUACGGCCCAUGGACCGUCGAGGACUCCGACGUGCGCGAGGUCUUGCUGUAUCGGUCCGGGCUGGUCACCGCCGCCGCGUCCUUCGUGGCCGCCGCCUCGGCCGCGUUCCUCCCCGAGGGGAACGCCGCCGGCGACGCCAUCAGGCAAGGCGCCGACCUCCUCUACGCCACCGGAGCGGCGGGGCUGGGGCUUUCGCUCGUGCUGAUUCACAUCUACGUCACUCCGAUCAAGCGGUUCCUCCAGGCGCUGUGGGUGGUCGGAGUCGUCGGGUCCAUCGGGACGUACGUCGCCGGCGCGCAGCCGCUCGACGAGAGCCUCGUCGGCUACGUUCUCGACCACCCGGCUGCGCUGUGGUUCGUCGGCCCUACGUUUGCGGCGCUCACAGGCCUCGUCUUCAAGGAAGGUCUCUGCUAUGGAAAACUGGAAGCUGGUAUUUUAACUUUUGUUAUCCCUGGCCUUCUUCUUGGACACCUGUCUGGUCUAAUGGACAACGGAACAAAAGCCGGCCUUUUAGGAGUUUGGAUGGUUCUCUUCACUGUAUUCGCAGCAAGAAAAUUCCAGCAGCCCAUCAAGGAUGACAUUGGUGACAAAUCAGUUUUUAUGUUCAACGCCCUCCCUGAAGAAGAAAAGAAGGCCUUGAUACAGAAGCUCGAGAUGCAAACUGAGACCGAUGGCUGAAACCAGCACAGCAGCUUUAGUACGUGUACGUCCAAGGAAGUAUAUGCAAUUGAUGUACAUGUAUGGUAGUUUCACAGAUACCGGCACAUGUCAGUAAGAGUAGUAACUCAGUUUAUACAUAGGAAUGAGAAUGUACUAGCUAGAGUAAUUGCGAUGUGUAGUUGCAAAUCAGAUAUAAAUAUAUAUACAUGUUGAUGGAUCUCCUCUGGGUAUCUGAUCAGAGAGGGGUCUUACCCUGUACAACUGUCUGUUCUCAUGUGAUUAUCUUCUCUGUGCCUUACGGUGUAUAUACGUGAAUUUGGUUAUUC